AUGCCUCCUCCCCUUGGCCCGGAUAGUUCGCAGUGCGUUAUUAGAGCCUAUGUCUGUUGCUCCAACGCUCGAAGGAAACAAGUCGGCCCGCUUGACGACGACGUACCCCCGGAAGCUUCCACCGCCGUCCGACCACCUCGUCCAGCCCAUGCAUACACCCUGGAGAGGCUGUCCGGCCGUGAUUUGUCACUGCAUCCUGUCGUCUUUCCUGGAGUCAGCCUGGCGUUUUCAUGCUAUUCAACCGUUAGUUAUCAAGACUCGAAACGAAGCUCAACCACGAACCGAACGUCUCCUGCAGACUCUCAGUAA